UAUACGUUAUAUUCUUCAAGAAUCAAUGCAUAUCUAUCCUUAAUUUAUAAGUUCAAAAUUGGAUGUAGCAACUGCAGAUUGCCCCCUUUAAAGCAUGAACAUGGUCAGGUAUAGCAGUUUUCGGGAUAUAGCAGGCAUCUCUAAUUAUGAAGAUCCAACAAAGGCAACUGAUUAAAGCAAUUGUAGAUGAGAGGGCAUGCUUAUUUAGCACAGCUGUGCUACGAUCACAGGUGCAAGGCGGAUCCGAGUGCGGUAGAUCAGCGCAGCCGUGAUAAAAAAAAAUAAGAAAGUUGUUUAGCACAACCUCGAGUGAACAAUUGCUUUUCUACAACGGGUUACCAAUUAGAUAAAACACUUGAUUUCGUUAUGUAUUCAUAGGUUACUAUUUCGUCCCUCAAUUAAAAUAUAGGCCUAGUCCUGACACGAAUCUUAGUUGCUAGCCAAACCGGCUGGUCGUUCAUUCUAUCCGUUAGGUUGCCGGAGCCGUGACCCACUCGUGAAGUCUUUUUGUUCCAUAUCAAUGGACGACCCAGUCGUUCGGCCUAAAUGUUUAUGGCAACGCUCUUAUCCCUUGCUUGCUAGCUAGCCAACUAAGGCUAACGUUGUCACUUCAAACUGUGUAGCCAGAAUAACAGCAAAGUAGCUGUAUUUGAGUUUGUUUAAGCUGUUUUCUAUCUACAUUUAUUUGGAUGCAUCCAUAACAAUGAGCUAAUGAUGCACGAUUUUCCCUGACAUAGAACAUUUGCUCUCCUGUCAGGGCACUGUUCAGAGGAGCUAGCCAACUACACAGCAACACAGUCACUUCAAACGGAAGCAGGAACGACCGCACAAUAGCUGCAUUUAAUUUAGUUUGAUUCAUGAUUUCGACGGGCUAAGAAAAUAUGUUUGUCUCGUCCUGACACCAUUAUCCUCAUUGGGACAGUGGAGAUAGAAUUUCAACAAAUGUCAGAGAGACCUACAACCCCCCGUUGUUGCAAACCAAAUGUAAUGCCUCGAUCAGACCGACAUUGUAUGGGUUUUGGCACACCAGAAGUACAUUCACUUCCAAUGAAACGCUGCGUUUGCCUUGUAUGCAUAGACUUGACAAUAUUAGCAAAAUGUGAAUGUUAAACUUUUACUGCACACAUAUAGAGUAACAAUUUUGGAUUACGUAAUGGGGAAGUUUGACUGCAGAAUUGAUUGCACAGCAUUGAUGUUAUGACACUGUCGGUCUGAUUGAGGCGUUAGGCUAGAAGCACGGGAGAUAAUGUCUAGAUCCUUUUUAUAGUGGAAAUCAAGUUAAUGAAUGACCUGUCUGGGCUGAUGGAACAGUGGAUGCGCAGUGAUUUCUCGGAUGGAACAGAAAGCAAGAUGCCAAUUUUUGCAUUAUAGGCUUACCCGUGCUAAACUGGUUAUUUAGUAUGGCUUAGACCGUGUCUCAACCAAUCACAAAGCUUGUUUUGACCAACCUGUUGUAGAAUUGUAACUUUUGAUUUUUGUUGUUUAAAUAAUCAAAUUCAAUAUUAUUUCAUUUUUGUGAUGUAUUUGAAUGACAGAAUCACCACUACGGCCCUAACUGUCAGCUGGUGACUACCACGCAUUGAUAGUGAAGAGUAGCCUACUCCUAUGAAGAUGCCAUUGACAGUGUAGAGGAAAGAACUGUGUCCUUACAUGACUUCUACAGGUGCUUCCUGUUCUUGAAACCAAAAUAGCAGAUAACGUCUCUCUCUCUCUGUCUCUCUCUCUUUCCCUCUCUCUCUGUUUCGCAUUCUGACAUACUAAUAACUACUACUAACUCUGUUUCCACUCUCCUAGCACUGCAUGUUUGCAACCAAUCACAUCUCUGCUAAAGUAUGGUUGGGUUCUUCCAAUGCUCGGUGGCUUUCUUCUUCUCCUUCUGCUUUCUCCUGAGGAUGGAGACGACACAUUCAACAGGGCCAAGCUGAUGAACAUUGGCUAUGCUGAGGCCCUGAAAGAGUAUGACUACGACUGCUUUGUGUUCAGUGACGUGGACAUCAUCCCCAUGGAUGACCGCAACCCCUACAAAUGCUUCAGCCAGCCCAGACACCUGUCUGUCUCCAUGGACAAGUUUGGCUUCAAGUUGCCCUAUAACCAGUACUUUGGCGGUGUCUCAGCGUUAAGUAAGGAGCAGUUCCUGGAAAUCAACGGCUUUCCCAACAACUACUGGGGCUGGGGUGGGGAAGAUGACGACAUUUUCAACAGGUUGAGCUCCAGAGGAAUGUCCAUCUCUCGUCCAGAUGGCGAGGUCGGAAAAUGCCGGAUGAUCCGUCACGAGAGAGACAAACUGAACGACCCAAAUCCUCAGAGGUUUGACAGAAUACAACGCACGAGACUGACCAUAAAUACAGAUGGGAUCAGCUCUCUCAAGUACAAAGUCGUCAAAGUGGAAAAGGAUGCUCUGUUCACGAAAAUCACAGUAGAUGUGGGGAAACCUUAGUGAAAGUGGAUAAAUGUUAGCAGUUAUUUUGCACAUCACUUAUCACAAGGUGGAGGGCAGAGAAAGCACAGCGGAACCAUGGAAUGCAGUACUGAGAAUACUCUGAAUUCUCCAGAACGCGUGUAUUUAUUGUGGAAACAAAUGGACAGCACUUGGAUGAAUGGGAUGGCACAACAAGACCUCAUAAAUAUCAGAGUGGAUCAAAAUGUUUGAUCAACAUGUUUGACUUCUAAUGGCAGGACACAAGGGAAGGGGCGUGGGACAAAGAAGUUAUUUUGUAUGUCAUUUGUAAUGAGUUGUCUUUGUGUAAUUCUGUAAGGGAGAACUACUUGGUUUAAAUGUGUAUAUAAGUUGUAUACAUUUGCAUAUAGUUAAUACAUAUUUUAUAUAUUGUUUCUUUCAUUUUCGGCUAAGAUAUUAGAGGUGAUUAUGGGUUUAAUAUAUUUUUUGUGGAAAUGUUUCCCAUGUUUGAAACUGUGUGAAAGGUCUUAAUCACAAUCUAAAAGCAACGAUUGGUUUGGAUACUUAUAUAUGUUUCUAAAAA